AUGGGCCGGCAGCGGGGCCGGGCUCCAUCGGCCGGCACCGGGCCGGGCUCCAUGGGCCGGCAGCGGGGCCGGGCUCCAUCGGCCGGCACCGGGCCGGGCUCCAUGGGCCGGCAGCGGGGUCCCGCGGACUGCGGCCGGGCCGGGCUCAGCAGCCGCGGUUUGUCCCGGUCGGGGCACGGCGGCUGCUCCCUCGGCGGAACAGCGGAGCACUGGGUUGCCGUGCUGACUCCCUCUGCGUUCCAGAAGGAGAUGUCUCUGAGCACCAAGCAGAGGCUGGCCAGAGCUAAGAAGCUGAGGCUGCCUCAGGCUGUCCAGCCUCAAGACAAGCCUGGGACCUCCCAUCACAAGUUCUCAGCAGCUGACCCAGAGCAGAGCUCAAUUCAGCCUUGCCCACCAGAGGUGGUGUUCCAGAACUACAGCCCCAAUGAGGUCUGUGAAGUGCCGCUGAUUCUGAGGAACAGGGACAAGGUUCCUCACUUGGUGAAGGUCACCAUGAAGAUCUCACCUUAUUUCCAGCUGGUGGGCCCCAAUGACGCGUGCCGCAAGGUGCCACCGGGCCUCUACAUGACUGUCCGCAUCCUCUUCACCCCUGGGCAGAAAAAGGAUUAUUCCUAUGAGCUCACCUGCACCACUGAAAGGGAAGAGUUCAUUGUGCCAAUCCGGGCCAUUGGUCCCCGAGCCAUCCUGGACUUUCCUGACCAGCUGGACUUCUCCGAGUGUCCGGUCAAGCACAGCAUCCAGAAGACUCUGCUGGUUCACAAUGUUGGUAACCGGAGAGCUUAUUACCAGCUGAGCACCCAGAGCCCUUUCUCUGUCAUUCCGACCACGGGAGCUCUGGAUGUUGGUGACGCUGUGCAGGUGGCAGUGGAAUUUCAGCCACUGAAGACUGGUGACCAUUCCGGGUCCCUUGUUGUGCACUACGACACAGGUGAAGACACCCACACAAGCCUUCAUGGAAGAGCUGUGGAGGCCCCAAUCGGGCUGGACAGGAACACUGUGACCCUGGAGAAGACGUACAUCAGCAUGUCAAACAGCGCAACUGUGCUCAUCCACAACCACAGUGAUAUCACAGCCCGCUUCCAGUGGAAGGCUGUUGCUACUCAGGAACAGGAGGAUCAGCUGAGGCUGAGGCAGUAUCACAGGAUAUAUCAGCAGCAAAGGCAGAAGUUGUAUGGUUUUCUGAAGGAGCGUGAAGUGGACAUCACUUGCCAAGAACUCCUUGCUCUUCUCAACCACACCUUCCAGAGUGAGAUAGCAAAGAUCAGAGGGGAUCUCAUGCUGUUAGACGGCAUUUUCUCCCUUCAGCCGAAGGAGGGUGAGAUCAGGCCGAACUGCUCUGCUGAAAUCAGCGUGUUCUUCACGCCCCAGGCAGCCCAGGUGUACGAGCGAACAGUUUACUGCGACAUCUCGGGCCGUGAGAACAGGCUGCCCCUGCUCCUCACAGGGGAAGGCCUUGGGCCCCAGGUCCAUUUCCACUUUGAGGAAAUGAACAUCAGGGAGGUUUCUGUCAGAGUAACCCACAGAUAUGAGGCAUACCUGAUCAACAGUGGGCCUAUUGAGGCUCCCUUCAAGCUCAUCCCUCCAACCACAGCCAUGGGCUCCUGCUUCACCUUCCUGCCCCAGGAGGGCAUCGUGGCACCAGAGAAGCUCCAGGUCAUCCGGGUCUCCUUCUGUCCCACCAUCCGGGGGGAGUUUGAGGAAGAAUUCCACUUCCAUGUGACCGAAUCCCCUAAGCCUGUGACCUUCACUGUCAGGGGCUCUGUGAUGGGACCCACUUUCCAUUUUGAUGUGCCUGCCCUGCACUUCGGUGACGUUGCCUUUGGUUUUCCUCGUACCUUGAAGUGUUGCCUGUUUAACACCUCCCUAACACCCAUGGGCUUCUUCCUCUACGUUCCUGGGGAUGGCGUGGGACUGCCCAGUAUUGACAGCUCUACUCAGAUAGUCAAACCCAGCAGCCAGGCUUGGAGGAGGCCAGCUCAAGUUGUGAGGAAGCCAAGGGAAUUUACCAUAAGUCCCUGCAGCGGGACCGUCCGUGCCCUGGGAUCCCAGGAUAUCAAGGUCACCCUGUGUCCCAACACUGUUGGGGAGUACAAGGUGGAGCUGGUGCUGGACGCGGAAGAUGUCGGCAAGAAGGCGUUUGCACUGCCCCUCACAGCCAGGUGCAUCGUUCCUUCAUUGCAAGUGCUCAACCCUGUCCUGGAACUGGGGCACUGCUGCUUGAAGGUCCGUUAUGAUGAGAAGGUGACCCUGGUGAAUGACAGCGACUUUCCUGCCUCCUACUGUGUUCUCACUCAGGAACACAAGAAGGAGGCUGCUCUGUGGUACUUCAGCCCUACACCCUCUGGCAUUAUCGAGGCUCACAGCUCGAUGGAGAUCCCAAUUGAACUCGAGGCCCAGUUGCUGGGACAGUGCAAGAUCACUGCUAAGCUGGCCGUGUUUGGGAGCGAAUCCCCACUGGAGAUCCGUCUGGAGUGCGUUUGCCAGGGCCCCGUUGUCUAUGUCCAUCCCAGGGAGAUAAACUUCGGCUCUAUCCCAGUCCUAGAAGAUCGUUCCAAAACUCUCCACCUUGCCAAUCAGUGUGAGAUUCCUGCAACCUUCCAGGUGGAGAUGGCUGGGAAACGUUCCUGCUGGAGGGUUGAGCCCAGCAAAGGAGUGGUCCCCCCUAAUUCUGAGGUGUCUGUGGCUGUCAUAGCAAACCUGAAUGACACAGUGAAAUUCCAGGAGAAGGUGAAGGUGUUCAUUCAGAACAACCCUGUGACCAUCAUCUCUCUCCAGGCUGUGGGCAUUGGCACCACAGUUGUCACAGACAAACCUCUCAUUCCAAAGCUCGACUUGAAGUCCUGCUUCAGGUAG